AUGAUGGCAUGCCGAGGCUCGUGCUGCUGUCUGGGUCUGGGCUCCGCGAGCGAGGACACGGCGCGCUUCGCCAUGCUGGCGCUCCUCAUCCUGGUCUACCUGGUGUGCGGCGCCGCCGUGUUCUCUGCGCUGGAGCGGCCGGAGGAGGAGCAGGCCAAAGGCCGCUGGGCGCGAAGCUUUGAGCACUUCAGCCGAAAGCACAACGUCAGCCACAGGGAGCUCGAGGGCUUCCUCAAGGACUACGAGCAGGCCACCGGAGCCGGCAUACGCGUGGACAGACCCAGGGCUCGCUGGGAUUUCCAAGGAGCUUUCUACUUCGUCGGCACUGUUGUGUCCACUAUCGGGUUCGGAAUGACGACGCCGGCCACAGUGGGAGGCAAAAUCUUCCUGAUUUUUUACGGACUAAUCGGUUGUGCAGCCACCAUCCUGUUUUUCAACCUGUUUUUGGAGAGAAUUAUAACUGUACUUGCAUUUGUGCUGAAGUCGUGUCACGAAGCUCAACAUCGGAGGAAAGGCGUGCUACCUCACAACAGCAGGCAUGACAGUCACGCGAGGCAGCAUGGAGAGGACAGCCUGGCAGGAUGGAAACCAUCAGUGUAUUGUGUGAUGCUCAUUCUCUGUGUGGCGGCCAUCAUUAUAUCAUGCUGUGCCUCUGCCAUGUACUCCUCAAUGGAGGGCUGGGGUUAUUUGGACUCGCUGUACUUCUGCUUUGUAGCAUUUAGCACUAUCGGCUUUGGGGACAUGGUGAGUGGUCAGCGCGCUGCAUACGACAACCAGACCCUGUACAGCCUGGGCAACUUUUUCUUCAUUCUCAUGGGUGCUUGUUGUAUUUAUUCACUCUUCAAUGUGAUAUCCAUCGUCAUCAAGCAGGUUCUCAACUGGCUUCUGAAGAAGCUUGAGAUACCAUGCCGCCACUGCCCAGGAAGGAACCUGCGUCCAGGGAGGAAUGCCAUAAUGCCUAGCCACUUUCGCACCCGGGUCCGGAACAUCUCAAUAGACACAGAUGCCGUUAAUGAGAGCGAAACGGAUGGCCGCAGGAUGUCGGGGGAGAUGAUCUCAAUGAGAGACUUUUUGGUGGCUAAUAAGGUCAACUUGGCCAUCAUGCAGAAACAGCUGUCUGAGACAGCCAACGGGUAUCCGCAACCACCCGGCUCCAUGAACCGACACAACGAAUUCUCCGGAGGAGUUGGAGCUCUGGGAAUCAUGAACAACAGACUAGCUGAGACAAGUGUAGACAGAUAAAUCUCCUCGGUUACCAAACAAAAAAAACAUAAAAAAUCUAAGGCUAUCCAGUACUCAUUUGUUCAGCUCUG